AUGGUGCAACAUAGGAGGACGGGCCUGUUAAGCUCCUAUCCUGCUCUGUGUAUCAACAGGAACCUGCUCAGGGGAGGAGGCGAGUCAGAGGGCUCGGGUGAGGAAUGGAAGGCAAGGUCGAAGAGGAAGUCCAGGUCAGGGGAUACGGAACUUGGGAAGAAGAAGAAGAAGAAGAAGAUCGCAAGGGAUGAAAUCUCGGAGAAGGCGGCAAAGCGAAGAAAGAAGGAGGAGGAUGAGGAUGAGGAGGAGGAGGAGGAGGAGAAUGAUGGUGAGAAGGACAAGAUGGCGGAGAAGAAAAACAGGAAGAAGGGGAAGAAGGAGGACAAGGUGAGGGUGAAAGGUGCAGGAGAAAAGCUGAGCAUCAGGGACGGAACGAGCAUGUCCAAUACGAGGAGCAAAGGAGGCGAUGAGGAUGAGAGCAUGGCAACGGAAGAGGUCGAGCCUAGCUCCUCCGAGGCAUGGCACCCGUCCUCCGAAGUUGUUCCUCUACAGACCAAGGGCGGAGAGCAUGGAGGUCGCGCCGACGAGGAGGGAGCAGAGGAGAGCAUCGUGAACAGAUGGUUUGACUUGUCGAGUCCUCAGCUCAUGGAGAAGAAGUUGAUGAGAAGGAACGUGGACGCGAUCGACAGACGUUUCAAGCAUGAGCUCGCGUGCUGCUUUGUGAGGAGGACGUGGAGAACGUCACGUUCCCAAAGCUGCCUGAAGAAGUCAACGGAGGCUGCGCACAGGAACGAGAGCACCGCUCAGUACUACCUAGGGAUGUUCUUCCUUCAAGGCUAUGGUGCGGAUGCCAACAACGCGACCGCCGCUGCCUGGCUAGCGCGAUCAGCGAAACUUGGGAAUCCAUGUGGGAUCUUUACGAUGGGAAGGUGUUGGAUGGAGGGGAUCGGAGUGCGAAAAAAUGAAAGCAAGGCGCUGGAAUGCUUCCGACGAUCCGCGGACAUGGGUUGGCUCGAUGCGAUUGACAUAUAUGCGAAGGCUCUCUACAAUGGACUGGGAAGAAACGAGUCGAAUCCUAAGGAAGCUGCGAGAUAUUUCAUGACGGCUGCCAAGAAUGGAGUGAUCGACGCUUGGUUCCACUUGGGGUGCAUGUUCUUUGAUGGCUGGACUGUCGCGAUUGUCGUGGGCUUUAAGUCAUACGUGCCUUGCAGAGAAGCUGCUCGGUUGGGGCAUGUUGACUCGAGUGUCAAUGUUGGGAUCUUUUACCGGGAAGGCUACAAGGUGAAGCAGAAUGAUAAGAAAGCCUUCUCAUGGUUCAGAAGAGCAGCUCUCAAUGGCUCGCCGAUGGGUGCCAAGUUGGCUGGCCUCAUGUGCCAGGAAGGUAGCGGAGUGUCAAGGGCAAACAAGCACAGAGCAGCCAAGUACUUCGAGAUUGCGGCGAAAGGAGGCGAUUCAGACUCGCAGUACACCAUGGCUGAGUACCUCUGCGAGAAUGAGACGGCAAGGGAAGUUCGACGAGAUUAUAUCUUGGACCUCCUCACGGACUCUUCGUCUCAAGGACAUCGAGAUGCGUUCUUCCGGCUCGCAGAAGAACUGAGGAGAGGCGACGCCAACGACUGCAAGAAGGCGAAUGACAUAAUAGUCGAGGCUGCAGAUGCGGGCGAUGCUGACGCCAUGUUCGUCAAGUUCAAAUGGUUGUUGGAAGAAUAUCUCGACUCCAACUCCGCAGAGAAGAUCCAUCUCUACGAUUCGUGCGAGUGGCUUCUCCGAGCGAGCCGGCAGAAUCACUCGCUCGCACCUCACCUCCUCCUCUUCCUCACGCAAGGGGACGGGGGGCCCAGCUUUCUGUCAGAGGUUGAGCUGGACAACAAGAAGCUCGCGGACGAGCUGAGAGAGUUCACCUCCUCCUUUGCUCGCAAGCAGGCAAAGAGCUCAAGUGCAGGGAACUUCAACUUCUCGCACCUGACCCCCGGCAUGUUCAUGUCGCUUCCCAACAAGCUGAAGAGGGCAGAAGAGACAGAAGGCAAGAAGUCUCCGAUGCUGGCGGAAGACUUGAUGAGGAAGGCAACCAAGUACAGGGGCAUCGACGCAGGCACUCAGAGUCCUCUCGAGAUGUUGAUACGAAUGAAGAACCUGCACAUGUCCUUCAAGACCAUCUCCGCCGUUCUUGGUCAUAAAGUCCUAACUCAGUCAGAGAUCCUGAAGAGAAGCGAACAGCUGCUGCGAGAAGGGAAGCCUCCGCCUACCGUUUGGCUGGGCACCCCGGUGAAAGUGGGAAACGAGCUCUCAGAUUACUUGAGUGAAAUCAACGAGGAGGUUCAGAGACGGUACCUCUCGUUCGGACGCCGCUAG